AUGCCCAUCGAACGAACCGACCGAAAUAACCCACGGCCGCUGAAGCCGACGCUCGCCAGCACCCGAACCGCCGCGAAGACGCCCUUGACCCCGAGACUUGCCGUUGCGCCCACCGCCUCCUCCACCGUCAGCUCCUCGAGCACCCGCACCGCCCGCACCAGCAAUGGCACCACGCCCAAGGUUGCGGCCCCGGCGCCCUCGCACAACGACGUGACGCCCAUCAAGCCCUUCCUGAGCAGCAAUGUCACGCCUCGCUCCUCCACGAGGAAGUCACGGGUCGGCGUAGACAGCGCUUCGUCUACGCCCAGCGGUACCCCCUCUGUUACCCCGAGCAGCUCGCGACCAGGCUCCACGGUAGACCACCACGCCAGGGAGCAGACUGGCGGAUUCAGCGGGCACAGCGCUGUUGGAAGGAGCGGUUCAUCAGCGGUAGGGGGGCGACCGCGCAGCACACCGGGACCAAGCAGCAGCCAUGUCACGCCGACCCCGAGGCCCUCGCUCUCCAUGUACAAUACCGCUCCGUCCGACGCUGGCAGGAAAGACGCUUCAUCCCUGUUCUUCCAUGCCAACGACGCACGUCCGCACGAACAACCAGCACCGGUACUGGCACCCACGAAGAAGGCGCCUGCAUUCUUCUAUGCCGACGGAAGACAGGAUGAGCCCCCUGCGAAGCCCACCGUACCAUCGCCACCGCUGUCGUCCCUAGGGAGAUCCCAACCCGAGAGCAAGUUCUUCCAUGCCGAUUCCCAACCCGAAAGCAAGUUCUUCCACGCCGACUCCCUUUCCGAGAGAAAAGACCGUCAGCCGAUUCUCACUCCGCCGCCUCCUACAUCUCCAGAUCUGCUCCCGCCCUUAGAAGGCGGACAAGGGGGGUCGCUUCGCCCGCCUUCGCCUACAAAGGACUUUGCACAUCUCUCAUAUCGCAAGGGAGCCUCUCAGGUCCGGCCAGCCCUCAGUAGAGGCAGUUCAGGAAACUCCGCUCUCGCCAUGUUGACUGGAUCGAACACGCCAGAUGUGUCUGAUGGCCCCAGACGGAGAUCUAGCGUCGCCUCCACUAUAAAGCGAGGGCAUGUCAAGAGCUCCAGUCUGUCGUCCAUCGACUCUGUGACGAGUGCGAAGAAGGCAUCGACUAAUGAACCAUCCGCCAUGCAGCCAAGCCCACUUCAGACUGAGAAUCGUGCCUCCCUCCCCGAUGAUGCAGCACCUACGCCCGCUCGUCGCUACACCGCAUUCUCCCCUGUUGGAUCCCCGGUAUCAGCAAGUCCAACGCGAGACAGCAAGAGGAACAGUGAUAGCAAGAGCGCACUCGAGAUGAUGAACGAACUUGCUGCCAAUGCACGAAGGGAGCGUAAAGUGCUUGACCUCGAAAUCAGCAACUCUUCGCUCCUCGCCAUCAACCGGUCAUUGGAAAAGGAGGUCCGAAAGCAAAAGGCGGAGCUUAGACGCUUCCGUCGCAUGAGCCGAGCUGGGCACUUCUCUGCUGAUAUGGCUAGCUCGCCUCCUGAAAUUUCUGCCAUUGGCUCUGGAAAUAUAGGGGACCUGUCGGACAUGUCUGAAGCAGAAGAGGAGGACGAAACACCUGAGGAGGAAGAGGAGGAUCCAGAGGAUAGCGAGUCUUCAUUCGAUGAGGGUGCUCUGAGCCCGAGCGCUCAGCUAGAGCGAGACGAAGCACACCGCUCACGUGACGAGAAGCGUCUCCAGCUCGACCUCUCCAAACAUCGCGAGAUGUUGAACGACAGCCAGAAGAUGAACCAGAGCCUUAAGAAGUGUCUCGGGUGGACAGAACAGCUGAUCAAAGACGGCCAGAAGGCGUUGGAGUACAAAGUGCACGUCAGCGAUGUCAAGAUUGGUGGCCGUGUGCUCGUUGCGGAAGACGACGACAACGAUGCCGCCGAACCACAGGAAUCUAGGGGUCUUCUCAGCCCCUGGAGUCCAAUUCACAACGCCAUCGACGCUCUAGACUCGCCUUUCUUCCCUCAAUCCGAUCGCGUCAUCGACCGGGACAGCGGUAUAGAUCUCGAAGGUCUCGAACACAUGGAUCAUCACAGCGAUCACUCCCGAGCAGCAUCGCCUACGGACGACGGACAAGAUCAGUCUAGAAGUCCUGUCAAAGAAUUCCGUCCCAAACUACCCGGUACAUGGAUUUCCUACGCAACGACCCGCGAGUCCGACCUAAAGAAACACGAGACCCUCAGUCCCCUUGGCUCCCCCUUCGAAGAACGGAUCAGAUACCUCCACGCGUCGAUUGACGCUCUGGAAGCAUCUUCAUAA